GAUGCAACAACUGGUUCAUUUGAUAAGAUGUCAAUUUAGAGAGUUUUGAAUAUGGCAACAGCACAAGUAUCUCAAAAUCGAGUUUACCUCUUCCGACUCCAAACAUUAAUUAUAGAUGGAGGAACUGCAGUCGUAAGGAAUAUAUUUGAUCAGAAGAGAACUAAUGUCCCGCUAAAUAUUCUUCUGAAUAAUGAAAAGGGAACAAUAAAUCGUCUGAGGGCAAGUAAAGCAAUAACUCAGACACAAUUUGAUUUGCUGUAUCCACAGACUGGUCAGCUCCCAACUAUAGCUGACUUUGAUCUCACACUUGUCAUAUGUUUGCUACGGAACCUGAAAUGUUGUGGUUUAAAUAAACAUUUUGCAUGGAAUGUGAUACCACAGCCAGGAGACACUUCGCUUGAAGCAGAUAUAUGUCGACUGAGAAUGUUCAGAAAUGAAAUAUCACACAUAUCCUCGACAACUGGUAUACAUCUGGCCAUAUUUGGGCAGAAAUGGAUGGAGAUCGAACAGGUACUCAGUCGGCUGAAUCUCCUAAAUCCUGUUCAAAACCUGCAACAACUUAUCCAUGGAUACAGGUACAGUCCUCUUGAUCCAAAGGCUGAGAAAAAGUUACAAACAGAAAUACAAAACUGGCGAAACAUGGAGAAAGGCUUAGAAACUGAAAUACAUCUUAUAAAGAAAGACGUAUUAGAUGUAACAAAGGAGGUUGGAAACGUUAAAAAAGAAGUUGACAGCGUGAAGGAAGAUGUUAAAAUAGUGAAGAACGUUGUAGCAAAAGAGGUUGGCAAAGUAAAAGAUGAUGUUGCCGAAGUGAAGAAAGAUGUAGCAAAAGAGGUUGGCAAAGUAAAAGAAGAUGUUGACGAAGUGAAGAAAGAUGCAGUAAAAGAGGUUGGCAAAGUAAAAGAAGAUGUUGUCGAUGUGAAAAAAGAUGUAGCAAGAGAGGUUGAUAAAGUAAAAGAAGCUGUUGAGGAAGUGAAGAAAGAUGUAGCAAAAGAGGUUGGCAAAGUAAAAGAAGAUUUUGUCGAAGUGAAGAAAGAUGUAGCAAAAGAGGUUGGCAAAGUAAACGAAAAUGUUGACGAAGUGAAGAAAGAUGUAGCAAAAGAGGUUGGCAAAGUAAAAGAAGAUUUCGUCGAAGUGAAGAAAGACGUAGCAAAAGAGGUUGGCAAAGUAAAAGAAGGUGUUGAUGAAGUGAAGAAAGAUGUAGCAAAAGAGGUUGGCAAAGUAAAAGAAGAUGUUGACGAAGUGAAGAAAGAUGUAGCAAAAGAGGUUGGUAAAGUAAAAGGAGAUGUUGCCGAAGUGAAGAAAGAUGUAGCAAAAGAGGUUGGCAAAGUAAAAACAAAUGUUGACGAAGUGAAGAAAGAAGUAGCAAAAGAGGUUUGCAAAGUAAAAGAAGAUGUUGACGAAGUGAAGAAAGAUGUAACAAAAGAGGUUGGCAAAGUAAAAGAAGAUGUGGCCGAAGUAAAGAAAGAUGUUGAGGUAGUGAAGAAAGACGUAGCAAAAGAGGUUGGAAAAGUACAAGAAGAUGUUGACGCAGUGAAGGAAAAUGUAACGCACCAUUUGAAGGCUGUAAAAGAAAAGAUCGCUCAACUAGAAUUUGAAAAGAAAUUGCAAGAAAAUACGGGUACAAAACAGGCAGGGUAUGAUCUGUAUGUUCGACGUAAAGAACGUAAGUUACAAUAUUGAUAUUUUUCACUGCAACUUUAUCUUCCUGUCUUAUUAUAUCCUUUAUGCACUCCAGGAUAUACACAAUUACUUGAAACAAUCCUUAAUAUUGUAGGAUUAAAGGUAAUGUACCAAACUGAUAUUCCUUUUUGGUAAUUUUAAUUGAAAAUUAAUGUAUCAUAUGUUUGAAGGAAGUACCCUGUCAUCCUAUUUUCCAGAACUCAUCGAAAGCUUUUAUAUUUAAAACCUUCAGUGUCUAGAAUAUUUCCAUUAGUAUUAGAUCACAAACGGUGCUCGUUCAUAGAAAAAUAGGCGGAAAAUGUACGUACACUAAAGGUGUUUUUUCACGUUAGAAUGAUCAUAUCUUGGUGAGUGUAUAACUUCUAAUCAAAUUAUUAUCAACUUGGAAGAAUUAUAAAAUAUCAGAUAAAUACUAAUAUUUCCUUUCAUUUAAUGCAUGUAAAACUAGUUUUUGAAACUAUUUAUCUAUACGGAGUUUUCUCCACACUUGUCAUUUACAAACAAACUUCCUUGAAAUUAUGAGUGAAACGAGUUAAGCAAUGAAUGUGCCCAUGCCAUCAGAAUUUAUGUGUACAUGUAGAAAAUAAAAGCAUUCAUUUAAUAUGAACAAAAGCUAUAAAUCUAAAGGCUGACUCUAUAUGCCUAAGGGGACAGUUACCCAAACGUAACACAAGAUCAGCAAAAAAAGUAUAUAGAAACAUGAAAACCACCAUUCGAACUUGAACCCACUGGAUAAUACAAGUGUGUGAUCACUUUCAAGUUGCCAGUUACUAUCUUUUUGUAGGUUUUAUAUUAUAGUUGUAUUACAUUUACCAGCCACCUUGCCGAAUUCCACUUCUGCAUUUAUCAUGAAGCGAUUUACAUCUGCUUGUGCAUUUAUAAUGUCUUUUACUUUUCUGAAACGGAAGCACUUUAUGACAUUGAGUUGUGUAUGAUAGUCAAAGGUAAUUCCAUUUUCAACAAUUUGAGUUGUUCUUUAUACGGUAUCUUAAGAAGUAUAGAUAUUUAAGCCAAGACCCAACUACUAUUUAAAGGCUAAAAUUACAAAUGUUUGUCCGGAUAGGUACUUUGUACUCUUGGUGUAAAUUGUGGCCUGUUCGAGUCCAGAAUGUUCAAAAAUUCGACCGCAUCUCUUCCUAGAAGUAUCUGGCAUGUCGGAUUACAUUAUAAAUCAAAUACAAAUGCUUUAUUUUUUUUUUUUUUUUUUGAUUUAACGUCGCACCGACACAUGAUAGGUCAUAUGGCGACUUUCCAGCUUUAAUGGUGGAGGAAGACCCCAGGUGCCGCUCCGUGCAUUAUUUCAUCACGAGCGGGCACCUGGGUAGAACCACCGACCUUCCGUAAGCCAGCUGGAUGGCUUCCUCACAUGAAGAAUUCAACGCCCCGAGUGAGGCUCGAGCCCACAU